UCCCCGCCAUUCACAAUUGGGCUGAUCGGGUCAGUAACAAAAUUGGGCUAGUCGAACAGAGGCCCAAAUUCGCAGCUAAUCACCGCGUCGAUUCACAGCAACGAAUCCAACGACCAUUUUCCAUUUUCCCGGCAGCAAAAAAAGUUUGAGACUUUUCACUGAGAAGAGUUUCAGAGAAUAGAGAGAGACUGCAAUGGCGAAUGAGAAGCCGCUGAGGAAAAUCGCAGAGGCGUUCGAGGAGCUGGAAGCCGCCGUGAAUUCGCAGACCGGCGAAGUGGAGGUGGCGCGGUUCUCGCAGGCCUGUUCACUCGUCUCGCCGUUAUUCGGGUGUUUAGGAAUCGCUUUCAAGUUCGCCGAGAUGGACUACGUCGCAAAGGUGCAUGAUCUGGCGGAGGCGUCGAAGUCAAUCUCGACCCUACACGUGUUGCUGGAGAAGGAUGUGGAGGCGGGCUGUGUGAGAAAGGCGGGGAGUCAUUCGAGGAAUUUGUUGAGAGUGAAGCGUGGGAUUGAUAUGGUGAAGGUGCUGUUUGAGCAGAUUAUAGUCACCAAGGGAAAUUCCUUGAAGGAUCCAGCUUCCAAGGCUUAUCAACAGGUGUUUGCACCCCACCAUGGGUGGCUCAUCAGGAAAGCAGUAGCUGCAGGGAUGUAUGCGCUUCCUACAAAAGAACAACUGUUGAACAAACUCAAUGAAGAUGAGACCUCAGCAAAAGCUCAGAUGCAAAAUUAUGUUGCUGCUUCAGCUCCUCUAAUUUUGUACAUUGACAAACUCUUCCAGACAAGGAAUUUAGGUGUAGAUUGGUAAAAGAGGACUUACUUUGUAUUUAUGCAGACAAUUAUAUUUAUAUUAGGAACUUCUGUUUUAUGAAUUGAAUACAAAAGAAGAACAAAAAAGCCUCUACUAUACUCUUAUUGUAUCUUAUAUGAAGGUUAUAAGUCUCGUUGGAUAUUCUAUAUGCUCAUC